UGGACACUAAUAUAGUUAUCGUUAUAGUUAUCGUCCGCUGAUGUGGACGCUAAUAUAGUUAUUGUUAUAGUUAUCGUCCGUUGGUUUGGACAUUAAUAUAGUUAUCAUCCGUUGGUGUGGAUUGUAACAUAGUUAUCGUUAUAGUUAUCGUCCGCUGAUGUGGACGCUAAUAUAGUUAUCGUUAUAGUGUUAUAGUUAUCAUCCGCUGGUGUGGACGCUAAUAUAGUUAUCGUUAUAGUGUUAUAGUUAUCAUCCGCUGGUGUGGACGCUAAUAUAGUUAUUGUUAUAGUUAUCGUCCGUUGGUGUGGAUUGUAACAUAGUUAUCGUUACAGUUAUCGUCCGUUGGUGCAGACGCUAAUAUAGUUAUCGUCCGUUGGUGUGGAUUGUAACAUAGUUAUCGUUACAGUUAUCGUCCGUUGGUGCAGACGCUAAUAUAGUUAUCGUUAUAGUUAUCGUCCGCUGAUGUGGAUUGUAACAUAGUUAUCGUUAUAGUUAUCGUCCGUUGGUGUGGAUGCUGAUAUAGUUAUCGUCCGUUGGUGUGGAUUGUAACAUAGUUAUCGUUACAGUUAUCGUCCGUUGGUGCAGACGCUAAUAUAGUUAUCGUCCGUUGGUGUGGAUGCUGAUAUAGUUAUCGUCCGUUGGUGUGGAUUGUAACAUAGUUAUCGUUACAGUUAUCGUCCGUUGGUGCAGACGCUAAUAUAGUUAUCGUCCGUUGGUGUGGAUGCUGAUAUAGUUAUCGUCCGUUGGUGUGGAUUGUAACAUAGUUAUCGUUACAGUUAUCGUCCGUUGGUGCAGAUGCUAAUAUAGUUAUCGUUAUAGUUAUUGUCCAGUGGUGUAGAUUGUAAUAUAGUUAUUGUUAUAGUUAUCGCUAUUGCUAUCCUCCGCUCGUGUGGAUGCUAAAAUAGUUUUCGUUAUAGUUACUGUUAUGAGUGCGCUUUAACCAGCCUGACCCCAAAUACUUGAUUUGUGUUCCAGCGUGAGUGUUUGUGCUCUGACAUGAUUCUGUCACGUCCUUUCCUCAACAAACGUCUCCAUCCCAACCAUAAUUGUCCUCUGAGCCGCUCACAGACCCCUGACUUUAAGGACAGCGAGUUUAUUUAUUCAUGCCUCUCUUCUGGUUUACUGGAACUUCUGAUGGCUCGACACAGAUUUGCACUUUCCUCUGGCGUGUGCUCUGCUCGCCGCAUGUGCUGCCCGCAGGAGAGACUCGCGCAUGUUCCGCUGCUGCGGCGUGUUUCCCUGACGGCUGUCAGGUCCGCUCACGUCCCAGAGCUCCCACCAGUGAGUUUAGCAGCAGAGACCUUAAAAACCCAACGAAAACACGCCAGAGAGGUCUCCUCCUGUCUUCUUCUCAGAGGUUUCUCCUGAGAAAAUCAGGCAAAUCUGUGCUCAGUUUGAGAAAGUCUGAUAUGAACUCAACUACAUUUUCCAAGAACAAAUGAUCUGAGCUGCCAUUAACAUUUAAUGUUUGUCCUAAAAGUCCUUUGAAUAAAUCAAGAAUCAGAACUGGUGGUUGCCAGGGAGUGUUUUUUCUUGGCGUUUUAUGGUCCAGCGGGUGAAAAUGGUGAAGUACCAGCACACCUCUCUCUCCUCAACAACAACAACACAUGAUUUGAGGAUGACACGCAUUCUCAACUUCAAUACUAGUGAUGAGUGAGUUAAUUCUUCUCAUUAAUUGAAUGCAUAUUUAUGUCUUCACAGCUCUGGAAUCUGAUCGAAUGAUGGAGACGAGCGUCAAACGAGGGUUGACCCCUGCCAGCCAAUCAGCUCUCACUCUCGGCCGACAGGCGCAGCUCCCUGACCAAUCACAGCAGGGAUGUGCCAGAGGUGGGCGGGGCCUGAGUGCUGGAGAGGCAGCGUUCUGGAUCGAGCGCUCAGAGAGAGAGAGAGAGCGAGGAGAGACAGCUCCGUCCGAUUCUGCUGCGCGUCUCUCUCACUGCAGCUCUGCAUGCGAGUGUGUGUGUGUGUGUGAGCGUAUAUGUGUGUGUGUUCAUGUAUGCCAGCAGUAGCUGCAUCGCUCCUUCAUCCUCUUCAUCUUCAUCCUGUGUUCGGAGUGAAUUCACAGCAUUGGCGCACGAUCCUGCUCAUCUGUUGCCGUGGUGAUGGGCUGUCGACUGUCAGGGCCGUGGAUGGGCGACGGGAUGGGGGUUCACGGUCGGGAUUUGACCCACCUGCCGAAGCAAGAGGCCUUCCGUAUCCUGGCCAGCUACGAGCAGCCAAUCACGCUUCAGAUCGAGGGCCGGGGGCGGAGCCUGCAGUACAACCGGACGACGGACUGCAGCACGCAGACGGAACGGCCGUGGGACCCUCUCCGGCCACACUCGUGUACAAUGCCGCGUCUGCCUCCCUCGGACAGGACGUACUACAAUCACAUGACCCUGCCCGUGAACCGUAGAGACGGAGGCAGGUACGAAUACCUGCCAAACACACCUAGAGACCUGGAGCACAGAGAACGCCUGUCCUACAAUGAGCCGGAGUUCUCCAGCGGCGUGUCUCAGGGACAGAACUGUCUGAUCGGCUGCUGCAAAACCAACUUAGAGGAGCCCAGAAGUUUCCAGAGUCAGACUGAUGAUGAUGACUACAUGAUGGAGAAACCCCUGGGUUACCUGCCUCUUCACCAUGAGCUGGACAGUGGACUCGGCUGGACGGACGGUAGUUUCCACCAGGGGGAGCUGUCGGGGGUGGAGACGGAGGAGGGGCUUGAGGAGUGCCACGGCCACGGAGGCGGAGGGUCGCCAUCGUCGGAGUCCUUCAUCUCGUCGGAAUUGAGCGACUCUGGUUUUUACAGCGUCAGCACCGGCGAGUUCCUGCGCUUCCAGCGUCUACUUGAGAAGCGCAUGCGGCAUUACAACGCUCGCAUGCACCACCAGGGGGAGCCGUGUUCCCGCGAGCGGCGGGACAGCCAGAUAAAACACCCUCUAGAGGCCAUCCCGGAAACGCUGACAGUCCAGCCUCAAAAUGUUUGCUUGCCCGUCCCGGGGUCGCGAGGAUUGUCCCGGGUGUCGUCCGUGCAGUACCGCAAGGCGGAGCGGCCAUGUUUGAACAGACACAGCUCCAGCAGCGGCUCGCUGUUCAAUCCCGCGGUGCACUCCACAUGCAGUACCCCCUCCGGCCAGCGGCGGCCACUGCCUCAUCCGAGUUCUGCAGGAAUGCUGAGGAGGAGCCGAACGCUGCAUCACCGUCCCACGCCCAUGGAGUACCGCAGACGGGCGAGUCACCCGGCUUCGCCCAACUAUUGCAGCGCCACGUUGCAUCCCUGCAGCCACAGAGCCGACCUGCCUACAAAUCUCCCCGAGGAGCCGGACUUGGCACUGAUGCAUGCCGUCAGUCACCCAGUACACCCUUCCGCACACUCUGCGUUUCCUACACAGACUGCACACGCUAUGCAUGCGAUGAGUCAACCAUCCCUGAUCUCUCCAGUUGAUGAGCGCUGCUAUAUGCCUCCAGAUCUUCACGACAACAGUAGGAUCCGAGCAUCCACCGAACCCCAGAGAUUUGUGAUGGAGCAGCCGUCCAGCCAGCACAGGGACGGGCGGUUCCACACCCUAAGUCACACGCCUAGUCAGGAUGCCAAUGACACCUGGCCUAAACCUGCCAACCGCGGAGGCUCAGGUGGAGGAGGCGGACUCUACAGCACCUUAGAGGGCCACAUGCCCACUGCGGCCACUAGGAAAACGCCCAGCGGGAACUUGCGGGCCAUGCGAAACCAGAUGCUGCGGGAUAGAGCGUCCCGGCUGGCGGACGAGCGUAGCGGCAUGAGCACGGACGAGGAGAGUCACAGCGAGGUCCGCAUGGGUCGCUACUGGAGCCGCACUGAGCGACGCGAACACAUGCUGCAGAGACAGCGACAGCAGCAGGCCAGAGGUGGCGUGGCUGCAACGGGAUUGGUGCAUGGCAGCGGGGUCAUGGGAGGAGCCAACGUAGACACUUAUAAUACGGUCCUCGAGCUGAGCCAGAGGAAACUAAGUCGUCUGAGGAACCGGAAGCUGCUGGAUGACUGGACCACCGUAGAGGAACUCCUGACGCACGGAACGCGCCUGAGCUCCAGCGAAGACGCCUUGCAGCUGCCCACAUCGUUGCUCACUGUCACAACUGUAUAGCGACACCCACCGAGUGUGUGUUCAGAUUGAUGCGUGUGUGUGUGUGUGUGCGUGUGUUUGUGUGUGUUGGACCGCCCGCACUACACAAAGCUACCUCCAGAAAUUGAGGUUUACUGUAGAUACAGACGUUUCCAGACACCGUAGUAAAUUGAUUUUUAAAUGUUAUAUUUGCAGUAUCUUGUUUUGCAUUGUGUUGUAAAGAGAUGUUUUAUUAUGGAGCGAAAUCACUGCAGUUUGAUGUGACCGCAUGAAGCAAUACAACAUAGAUACCGACGCCAGACAAACCGAACUUCAUUUGGUGCCAAGAAAAGUUUACGUUACGGAUCAAUUUAAGGUGGUGCUAACCGUGAGAUUUAAUUUAUUUCAGAUUAUUCGCAACUAUAGCCUAUAAACAACAUCCAGAUUGCGUAUCUUUUGCACAAAAUUGAAAAUUCCCUCUCCGACCGUCUUCCGCUAGCUAACUGAAUUUGUUGCGUUAGCACAGCCCCACCUUUCAAUCGUGAAUCUGAUUCUCUGGGAAUAACAUUGGAUAAUCUAGCGACGGAUCGUGAGUCAGAUACGCAGUCAGGGCCGAUGAUUGGGUGUUCAGGGUUAUGCUGGAGAUCAGGCUGCGGGAACAUGAGUGUGUGUGCGGGUUCUUGCACUAUAACUGUAGUUCUGUAGAGUAUUUUUAAAGCUAUUUUUCUUGUGCUCUUCACAAUUGAUGUCACAAAAAGAACUUUUAUAAAGACUCAAGAAUUAUAAGUGGUGUCAACAGCAGUACAACAAUUUGGUGAUAAAGACGGCGCACUGAACUGUUCGUUUUAUUCUAACGUGCAGAAUUAUUAUAUAUUUUCAGCGCACGUUUCUGCGAACCAGGGGGUUUGAACUUUACAAUGGGCAUCAUGAAAAACGAGCAGAAUUAAUUUAGCACAAAUUGCGGUAAAUAUACACAAAUACAACAAUUAAUGUAUUACUUUCUGAAUGAUUAAAGGCUAUUCACACCAGGAUAGCCAGUGUUGCCAAGUCCACGGGAAUUGGGCUACUUUUAACACUGUUGCCACAGGUUGUUUUUCAUGUCCGCGGGUUGAAGCGACCCCAAAUAACAUGAUGCUUAGCCCUUGGAAUGCGAAUUUUACCAGGGGGAUCCCAAAAGCGGAUUUUUAAGGAUUGGGCGGGUUUUGUUGUGAAAACCUGGCAACCCUGAUGAUAACUACAACUAUUGAUAAAGAAUUGUUCUAACUUUAAAAUAAUCACCACAUCUAUGGCACAGAGGAAUGGAAUCACUUUCAAAAUAAUUUUUUCCUAGCUGAUGAACGAUAAAAACAUUAACAGCCAAUCAGAAUCCAUCCUGCUUAAAACAUGCAGCUCAGUGUUGCCAAGUCCGCAGGAAAUUGGGCUACUUUAACACUGUUGCCGCAGGUUGAAGCUGUAUUUAGCACAUGGAAUGCGAAUUUUACCAGGGGGAACCCGCCUAAAAACUAAUCUUAUCCCCCCGGAACGUGAUUUUUACUGCGGGAUCCCCUGAAACGGGCUAGUUUUGAGUAGCAAUUGGGCAGGUUUUGUUGUGAAAACCUGGCAACCCUGAUGCAGCGCUCGCUUGUAAUGAACAGAACGAUAUGGUGCCAUGGAUAGUAAUAUCGUUAUAGUUAUCGUUCUGAGUGUGAAUGGGCCUUUACACAAAUUCGUUCUGCUCCCGUUUCAUGAAUGAGACCUAAUUAUUUUCCAAAGUAGAAGAUGCAAAGUAUUUUCGGAGUCACCUGUCAACGUGGGAUGUUUGCGGAUCUUUAUUUUGAGCAGAAAAUCAGGAUAUUUCCCACCUGCACUAUUUUUGGUGCACUAGCACUCGAGUGUUUACAAUUUUUUCCUCACAACUGUGACUCUCUGCGACACAUCUCGCUCUCUCGCUCUCUCGCCCUCGUUUCUGAGGUGAAAUCACGUCAUUUUCACCGUGAGUCAAACGCUGUGAAUAAUGGAUUUGAACGGAUGGGACAUGCGCUAUUAACAGAACUCUGCCUCUCAUUGGAUUUUGCUCGUUUCCACUUUUAGAAAUAAUUUUCUUGGAAUAUGAUGUACAUGUGGUUGUAAUAAAGAUGAGAUUUUAAUUAGCUA